AUGGCUCCCUCGAGAGGACCCCAUAUCACCCAGAGCAACAGCUCUGCAACCUCAUCCGCUAAGUCUCAUGGCGAUGACAAUCUCGCCAUUGAGCAGCAAUCGGCAUCGUCCCUGCAAAUAGCUCGCAGGAACUUCAACUACCUGCUCUCUCCCAACAGCUCCAACCAGCCUGCCAAGCCGAAGACUCGAGCACUACUCCGGAGUGUUAGGUACAUAACCCAGUUCAUUAUCUGGCGCCUCGUCCGAUGGGCCAAAUACGCUGCAAUCGCUGCUGUUGCCACCACCGCGAUCGGCAGCGUCGUCUCUGGAGUAGCUUGGAUCGCGGCUCCGACGGGCAUAGGAGCCAGCAUUGCAGCAGCUACGGUAUGGGGCGUCGGCAAAUUCGUCGCUCGUAGGCUGCAGCGGCGGUGGGAAACGAGGGGAGGAAAGGCGGGAGAGAAGGAGGAUGGGUUGGAUGAAGACCUCAGGGAGGAGCGCGAAAAGGAAAUGAGAAGGAAGUUGGACAGGGGAGGGGCUAGCUUAAAGGGGAUGCCUUGGUGA